CCAUGAGUAGGAGCAAAGUUUUCUUUGAUAUUUCCAUUGACAACAAAAGUGCAGGAAGGAUUGUAUUCGAGCUGUUCAGCGACAUCACCCCUAGGACGUGUGAAAAUUUUAGGUCCCUAUGUGCAGGCGAUAAAGUAGGUUCCAAGGGAAAGAACCUACACUACAAGAAUUCCAUUUUCCAUCGAAUUAUUCCUCAGUUCAUGUGCCAAGGAGGAGACAUAACACACGGAAACGGAUCAGGUGGAGAGUCCAUAUACGGAAGAUCCUUCACUGAUGAAAAUUUCAAAAUGAAGCAUGACCAACCAGGUUUACUCUCCAUGGCUAAUGCAGGCCCGAACACAAAUUCGUCUCAGUUUUUUAUCACCUUGGUUCCAUGCCCAUGGUUAGAUGGAAAGCAUGUUGUUUUUGGAAAGGUCAUCGAGGGAAUGAACGUUGUUAGGUAUAUGGAAAAGGAAGGUGCCAAUAGUGGGUAUGUCAAAAGGCCAGUUGUCGUGACCAACUGUGGGGAGAUGAAGGGUCAAGACAAUUCUGCAGAUAUCCAGCACAGUGGCGGCCGCUCGAGUCUAGAGGGCCCGCGGUUCGAAGGUAAGCCUAUCCCUAACCCUCUCCUCGGUCUCGAUUCUACGCGUACCGGUCAUCAUCACCAUCACCAUUGA